CGGCGGCGCUCGCCGACGACGGCGACGGGAUCGUAGACCGUGCCAUGUGGCUCGCAUGCGCCGCCCCGAACUCCGGCCGCCUCCCCGCCGUCGGCUCGAUGGUCUUCUACUUCGUCGACGGCCACGCAGAGCAGUUUUGCCAGUUCCCCGCACCUCUCCUGGAGCAGCUCGCCGUCCCCGGCCCCCGCGUCUUCCUCUGUACGGUGGCCGCCGUCCGCCUCCGCGCCGACGCCCUCACCAAUGAGGCCUACGCCGACAUCACCCUCGACCCGGUCGCCGACCACGACGUCCCGCGCCUGCUCCCCGCUCCCGCUCCCGCCGCCGCCGCCGGUGGCCAGCAGCAGCAGUUGCGUUACUUCGUCAAGACGCUGAUGUCUUCCGAUGCCGAGUACCGAGACCGCUUCGCCGUCCCCAUGGAUGUUGCCAAGGACGUCUUCCCGCCGCUGGUCGACGCCAAAGCGGUCCAGCCCCUCAUCGUCAAGGACCUUCAAGGAUCUCCGAUGACGUUCGACUACGGCAGGAACGGCAACAGGGUCACGCUCGCCAAGGUCUGGAAGAAAUUUCGGGACGACAUGGACUUCGUCGACGGAGACAGCGUCAUCUUCAUGCGUCGCCGCGACGACGACGAGCUGUACGUCGGGGUGCGGCGCCAGCGCACGCUCGACAAGCCACUCAGGACGCGCCGAUCCAGGCCUCCGACACCGCUUCCGGUGGCCGUGCAGGAGGUGAUAGCUGCAGCGGGUCGCGCGGCGGCCGGCGAGCAGUUCACUGCGACGUACCGCUCGCGGCAGGACGGCGACGAGUUCGUCGUGCCACGCGAGGUGGUGGAGGAGGGGCUCCGCCUCCGCUCCAGAUUCACUCCCGAGAUGGAGGUGGAGUUUGUUUGGGCCCUUGAGGAUGGCGCGCCGCCCAGCGUCGGGCCACAUGGCAAGAUCACCGCCAUCCACGACACUACAUGGAUGUGGCGAUCAGUCGAGAUUGGAUGGACGGGAGGUUCAGAGAUGAACAAGUACGCCAACUUCUGGCAAGUUCGAUUGGUUGGUUCGGACGAUUUUGCUUCUGCUGCUCCUCCCCCUCCUCUUUCUCCAAAGAGGCUGAAGAGUUCAGAGGAUCAUCUGCCUCCACCAAAGGCGUCAGCGUCAGCGGCAGCGGCAAAGGCUUCUCCCUCUUCCUCCGCGCAGGCGCAGCAGUUCAGUAUCACACGCGAGAUGUGGCGGGCAUGCGCCGCCCCCAAGUCUGGCCGCCUCCCCGCUGUUGGCUCAUUUGUCUACUACUUCCCUGACGGCCACGCCUAG